AUGGGAGAGCUGGUGUGGGCUCGUGACCACACUGAAGGUUACAUUUUGGGACGAAUAUCGGAAAUCCUCGAUGAUGAGGUUGAGGUGAUACCUCUCAGUUCCAAAUACCCCAGGAGAGUGCUGCCUUACAGUGACGUGUACAAAGCGAUCGAGGAUAGCAAAAAAGAUUACGAUGAUAACUGUGAAAUGAUGUUUUUGAAUGAAGGGUCAUUGCUGAAUAAUAUACGUACGCGCUAUUACAAGGAUAAAAUAUAUUCGUACGUCGCUAACAUCCUGAUAGCCGUCAACCCUUACAAGGACAUCCCCGCCCUCUAUUCAUCCGCCACCAUCAAGGACUACAAGGGCAAAUCGCUGGGCCAGCAGGCGCCCCACGUGUUCGCCAUCGCCGACAAGGCCUACCGCGACAUGAAGGUGCUGAAGCAGUCGCAGUCGAUCAUAGUAAGCGGUGAAUCGGGAGCAGGGAAGACCGAGUCGACGAAGCACCUGUUGAAGUUCCUCUGCGACAAUUGGGGCGCGGCGAUGGGCACGCUCGAGAAGAAGAUCCUCGACGCCAACCCGGUGCUCGAGGCGUUCGGCAAUGCCAAAACGACGAGGAACAACAACAGCUCUCGCUUCGGGAAAUUCAUCGAGGUCCAUUUCGACAACAAAUUCAAAGUCGUGGGCGGUCACAUUUCCCAUUACCUUUUGGAAAAAUCGAGGAUAUGCUCGACGGAGGGAGAGGAGAGAAGCUAUCACAUUUUCUACAUGCUGAUGGCAGGUGCUCCUGAAGGGUUGAGGAGCCAGUUGGGGUUGACACGUCCCGACGAUUUCAAUUACCUCAAAAUGGGCUGCACCAGAUACUUCACCAGUCCCACCACCGACAAGAAGCUAGCUCCUACUCAGAAGAGCGAAGCGCACAAAAAGAAAGGCCCUCUGAAAGACAUCCUUCUCGACGACAUCUCGGGCUUCCACGAACUGGACGAGGCGCUCUCUCGCCUUGGAAUAUCCGAUUCCGACAGGUUGCAGAUCUACACGACCGUGGCGGCGGUUCUCCAUCUUGGCAACGUUGAGUUCGAAGACAAUCCGGAGGACACUCGCGGGGGCUCGAGGGUGGUGGCUGCUAGAGAGAGAUCACUGGCGACUGCCUCCAAGUUGCUGGACAUCGAUCCCGGCGAGCUGAAACAGGCUAUGGUUUCGAGGGUGAUGCAGAGCAGCAGAGGAGGCAUGAAGGGAACCGUCAUCAUGGUGCCCCUGAAGACGUACGAGGCCAACAACGCUCGCGACGCCCUCGCCAAAGCCAUCUACAGCAAUCUGUUCGACUACAUCGUCAAUCGCAUCAACCAGAGCAUUCCUUUCCAAAGUUCCAGCUACUAUAUCGGUGUAUUGGAUAUCGCUGGAUUCGAAUUCUUCACUGUGAACAGCUUCGAACAAUUCUGCAUCAACUACUGCAAUGAAAAGUUACAGCAGUUUUUCAAUGAGAGAAUCCUGAAAAACGAACAGGAGCUAUACCAAAAGGAAAGCUUGAACGUACCUGAGAUACAAUUCGUUGAUAAUCAAGACUGCAUCGAUUUAAUCGAAACCAAACAUAAGGGAAUCCUGACGUUGUUGGACGAAGAAUCCAAACUGCCGAAACCGUCUUAUACUCAUUUCACCGACGAAGUUCACAAGGCCUGGCCCAAAGAGUUCAGGUUAGGUCUGCCUAGGUCUUCCAAAUUGAAGGCUCAUCGGAGCUUGCGCGAUAGCGAAGGCUUCUUGAUUAAGCAUUUCGCCGGAGCUGUCUGUUAUCAAACUAAAUACUUUAUAGACAAAAAUAACGAUGCCCUUCAUGCGUCAUUGGAAGGUAUCAUUCAAGAAAGUAAAAUCAAAUUGAUUCAGACGUUGUUUUCAACGUCCAGUACACUCAAAGGCAAACUGACCUUCAAUAGCGUAGGUAAUAAAUUCAAAAUGCAGCUGGGAGAAUUGAUGGAGAAAUUGAAAAAUAACGGUACUAAUUUCAUUCGUUGCGUCAAACCCAACAACAAAAUGAUCGAUCUUCAGUUCGACGGGAAUUUGAGCUUGAUGCAGCUCAAAUGUUCUGGAAUGGCGAACGUUCUGGAACUGAUGGAGUACGGUUAUCCGAGCAGAACGUCUUUCGCAGAGCUGCAUUCCAUGUACCAGGAAUACCUGCCCAAGGAGCUGCAGCGUUUGAGCCCUAAAAUGUUCUGCGAGGCGAUGUUGCAUAGUUUGAAACUGUACGAGAAAGACUUCAUAUUCGGCAUCACGAAGGUGUUCUUCAGACCGGGGAAAUUCGCUGAAUUCGAUAUGAUCAUGAAAUCGGAUCCUGAAAACUUGAAGUCCAUCGUCACGAGGGUUAAGAAAUGGUUGGUGAGAGCCAGAUGGACCAAGGCCCAAUUCUGCGCCUUGACAGUCAUCAAAAGUAAACUCAAGUUCUAUAUUAUCGCUCAGAUAGUGAAAAAUCGGAUAGCCUGGAGAAAACGGACGCUCAUAACGAUGCAAAAAACGAUAAGAGGUUAUCUGGUUAGGAAGCAGCACGGUCCCCGGAUAAUAACCUUGAGGAACAUCCGAAGUUUGGAUGGGAGUCUGAAGAAGAUCGAACAAAGUGCGCAGCAACUAAAGACCGGCAAAGAAACGUUCGCCAACGAGAUCAACAAUUUGAAGACGCAGUUCGCUGCAACCGUAGACAGAAUCAAAAAAGAUGCCAAGAUCGACAAAGCCACAGCCGAAAACUUGCACAAAACGCUGGUGGACCAGGUGAACAUGCAAAUGGCGAACCUCCAAAAGAAGCUCGACGAACAAAAGAUGGCGGAAGAGCAGGCGAGACUGAGGAAGGUGCAAGAGGAGAUGGAGAGGCAGAGGCGGUUGAAGGAGGAGGAGGAACGUAAGCGGUUGGAGGAGGAGGAAAAUAGGCGGCUGAAAGCGGAGAUGGAAGCCAGAAGGAAGAUCGAAGAGGAGGAAAGAAGAAAACAGGAGGAAGUCAACAAGAAGUUGGCCCUCGAGUUGCAGAAACAACAGGAGAAGGAGGAACAAGAGAUGCGCGUGUACCAGGACCAUCUUGAACAGGAGAAACAAGAUCGCGAAGUGGCAUUAAGAUUGGCGCAAGAAAGCAACGGGCAGAUCGAAGAAAGUCCGCCCACAAUUCGAAAUGGGACAGUUGAACUGGAUAAACCCAUCAGAUUGAACAGAUCUGAAGCCAUGAAAAGUCAACAAGCCGCUCUAGCGAACAGCAAGUACGACCUGUCCAAAUGGAGGUACUCCGAACUUCGCGAUACCAUCAAUACGUCUUGCGACAUAGAACUUCUGGAAGCGUGUCGUCACGAAUUCCACCGUCGUUUGAAGGUGUAUCAUGCCUGGAAGGCGAAGAACAAGAAGCGGACUGUCAUGGACGAGAACGAGAGGGCGCCACGAUCGGUGAUGGAAUCGGCAGCUAGAACGCCCAAAGUGAUGCAUAAGGCUGUUUUGGACAGUGUCAGUCAGAGAUACUUUCGGAUCCCCUUCCAACGGCCUGGUGCUGAAACUGGAAGAGGUUGGUGGUACGCGCACUUCGAUGGACAGUAUGUUGCGAGGCAGAUGGAACUUCAUCCUGAUAAAUCUCCAAUUCUGCUGGUCGCAGGAAAAGAUGAUAUGCAAAUGUGCGAGUUAUCCUUGGAAGAAACUGGGCUUACAAGAAAACGUGGAGCGGAAAUUCUGGAGAACGAGUUCAACCGUGAAUGGGAUAAAAAUGGUGGACAACCAUUCGUUCGUCCGGCCGACAGAAAAUAG